AUGGCUCUCACCUUCAAGUCUGCCGUUCAGAACUCUAAGUUCCUCUCUUCUUUCUUGAAGCCAGUCUCAACUGCCUAUGCCAAUGUUGCUGGUUACAGACAAAUUGGUCUUCGUUAUGAUGACCUUAUCGCUGAGGAGAACGAUAUUGCCCAAGAGGCCCUCCGACGUCUUUCUCUCUCCAACCCCCGCGAAGCCUACGAUCGUGUCUACCGUAUCCGUGUUGCUCAACAAUGCUCCCUCUCUCACUCACUUUUGCCCAAGGAGCAAUGGACCAAGCCAGAAGACGAUGUCAGAUACCUUCGACCUAUCCUCGAAGAAGUCACUGCCGAAUUCGCUGAGCGUGAAGCUUUUGACAACGCUAAGGUGUUGCCCCGCAAGUAG